AUGCCUCCAAAAUCUGUACCUGGAACUGGACUUGCCCGUGGUGGCCGUGGCGGCGGUCGCGGUGGUGGCGGCCGCGGCGGUGGACCCCCUGGACGUGGCGGGGGACCGCGAGGCGGGUCUGGUUCAGGUGCAAGUCGUGGCGGCAGUUCAGUCGGACCAACGUUGGUAACCCCUGCUGCCCACGUUACAACGAUCGGUGUUCGACGACCGGAUUAUGGCCAAGCAGGUCGCGUUUUUAAGGUCCAAGUUAAUUGCUUCCCUGCAACUUUGCCUCAAUCGAAGAUCCACCAUUAUGAUGUCAUCGACCCGUCGAACCUCCCGGCGAGGUUGAACAUGGAAAUCAUCAAGAUCUUACAGAACGAUGUGGCUCCAAACAUUUUCACCCCGCGCGUCGCCUACGACGGUCGAAAGAAUAUCUUCUCGGCGCACGCUCUGAAACUGACCGGGCCUGAUGGCCUAUCGCAAACUUUCAGCGUCCCCGUCGCGCAGGCCAACGGCGGCCCUAACCCCACGAGGGCACCGAAGGUGUACAAUGUCAAGCUGACACACGCCAGCACGAUCAACCCAGAACUUCUCGAACGUUUCAUCCGUGGGCAGCAGUCCCAUGAUAAUGAAGCCAUUACAGCCAUAACCGCCUGCAACAUUGCGCUUCGUAUGGAACCGAACUUGAACUUCCCGUUCAACGUUCGUUCCUUCUUCAUCGAGCAACUCGACAAACGCGAUAUCGGCUAUGGUAUCGAACUAUGGCGCGGCCUCUUCCAAUCCCUUCGCCCAGGAAUCAGCAGAAUGUUCGUCAACGUCGACAUUGCAACCGGUAUGAUGUACAAGCGUGGCAGCCUCCUCGAUCUUUGCCUGGAAGUUCUCGAGCGCGGCAACGACCCGAAUUUCCUUGCCCCCAGCCUCGGUCUCCCCGAUAACCAGCGCAUCCGCGUUCAGCGCUUCAUCGCAGGUGUCAACGUCAUCGUCCAAACCACUGGUGGAAGGAAGCGCGUCGUUCGAUCUCUCACGAAGCAGUCUGCAGACCAAAUCACCUUCGACCACAACGGGCGGACUAUCACCGUUGCACAGUACUUCCAAGCCCAGCUGGGUCGCCCGCUUCGUUUCCCGAAACUCAUCUGUGCUGAGGUUGGAAAGAAUGCCAUCGUCCCGCUUGAAGUUUGCACGGUCGUGCCCGGGCAGAUCAUCCGCAAGCAAAUCCCGCCGCAUAAAACCACUGAUGUGCUCAACUUUGCGACGAAGAAACCUCAAGAACGAUUCGAAAUCAUUCGACGGGGUACUCAGUACCUCCAGUACGGCCAGUCUGAGUACAUCCGAUCUUUCGGCAUGUCGGUCACCACAGCUGGAGGCCCUCUCGAAGUCCCUGCCCGCAAACUUAACCCGCCCAGGUUGAACUAUGGCAGAGGAAGCAAAGACGCGACCAUCGUGCCUCGCGACGGUUCAUGGAACAUGGCUGGAACACGAGUCUUCAAGCCUUGCGCUCCCAUCAAGCAAUGGGUCAUGGUCGUCUACGAAUCCGAGCGCCGAUUCAACCAGGAAGCGUGCCGCAAUGUCAUACAGGGCCUCGUCGGCGAAGCAAAGAAAAUGGGCAUGACCUUCGAGCACGCCAACCCGGUUGUGAAGUAUAAAUCACCUGGACCGCAUGUAUCCAAGCAGCUCGACGAGGUCGGAAGGGAGGUAUUUCAGCAGACUAAGAUCCCGCCCACGCUGGUUGUCGUCAUUCUCCCUGAAGGUGGUGAUGAAAUCUAUACAUCCGUCAAACAUUUCGGCGACAUUGUCCGCGGGGUAGCGACGCAAUGUCUGAUUGGGCGGAAGUGCUCGCGAGCACGUCCCCAGUACUGGGCCAACGUUCUCCUGAAGGUCAACGUCAAGUUGGGAGGCAUCAACUCGAUCAUCGACCCUUCAGGAUCUCCAUUGGCUGACCCAGCCAACCCUACCGUCGUUAUGGGCGCCGAUGUUAUCCACCCAGCGCCGGGAUCGGAGGGCCGACCCUCAUUCACCGCCCUCGUCUCCAGUGUCGACACCCACGCUACGAAAUAUAUCGCUUGCAACAACGUUCAGGAGGGGCGAACGGAAAUCAUCGAAGACCUUGAAGCGAUGGUUGAGAAUGGUUUGACGAAUUACAUCGACUACCGACGCGAAGUGGAGAGGGCUGGGCCAAACAUGCUGAAGCCGAAGCGCUUGAUCUUCUUCAGGGACGGUGUUUCUGAGGGCGAAUUCGCCAAGGUUUUGCAGAAUGAACUACCGCUCAUCAAAGCUGCCCUCGCCAAAAAGGGCUUGGACAAGUACACCAAGGUCACCCUUGUCGUCGUUGGUAAACGACACCACAUUCGAUUCAACCCCCUCACCGACGCCGAUAGGUCUGGCAAUGCGCCCGCUGGAACUGUUGUCGAUCGCGAAAUCGCCCACCCCACCGAGUUUGACUACUACCUCUUGAGUCAGGGAGGGUUGUUGGGUACCAGUAGGCCGUCGCACUACUCAGUGUUGUACGAUGAAAACGGCUUCAACUCGGACGCGAUGCAGGGUAUUUCGUACGCGCUCUGCCACGUCUACGCGCGUGCCACCCGUUCCGUUUCCAUCCCGGCUCCCGUUUACUAUGCCGACAUCGUCUGCGCUAGAGCCAAGACCCACUACGACCCUCAAGGCCGCCAUUUGCUCGCCGAUACUGCUACGCAAACCAGUGGAGGUGCCGCCUCCAUGCUCGAAAGUUUCAAGCAGAACUUUAUGCCAUUGUCGAGGUAUGCUCAGAGGAACAUGUAUUUCUCUGUAAGUCUUUUCCACGUUGAUUCCGUUGAGCUUGGAAGAGGAUACUGA